CUACUUUGAUUAAUGAUUGCGGAGACAAUUGCUAUCCUGAUUUGGGUAUUAAACCGAGAAACCUCUUCCGUUACCUCGUGCAGAGGCUUCUAAAUCUUUGUCCACAGACUAGCCUCGAAUUUUAUGUUUUAGCAGGUGUGACUGCUAGGAAUGCUGAUGCAAGUGCUGUUAACUUCUUAGAGUAUGUACGGUUGCUUGUUAUGAUUGCUGGUUGUCUCAGGGGACAGUCUUUGAUAUUAAACUACUUUUCACAUCACAGUGAUGCUACUCGGACAAAGGAAACCCUUAAAAUUAUGCAAGAGUACUCAAAGGAGUUCUCACAAGCUGAGGUUCAUUUUAUGCCGAGCUUCUAUUCUAUUGCAGCAAUGGAUGGUCAGACGGCUGAACAUCUUCAAAAGAUUGUAUGUCAAUACUCAAGGGAUGAGGUCCUUACAGUAAUGUGCAUGGGGCAUAAUAGGGGCUGGGAAGAAGCUGCCUCCAUGUUUUCUGGGUUUUCGAUUGAAUUAAAAACUUGCAAUGCUGCCCUACUAGAAGCUACGGGGGAAUCAUGGAAGGAGGUCAGUUUCUAACAUGUUUAUCUUAAAUUUCAAUUAAUUUGAUCAUGAAUGCUGGAUCACAGCCAUUUGAA